AUGAACAUGAACGAGCGCAUCAUCAACACGCAGCUGUUUGCACAGACGAUCGACGAAACGGCCACUACCACCACCUCGAUCGGGAGCAGUGUAGGCCUCAGUGUGGGCUUUGCCCCGUUCGUUGCCGCUACCAUGGCUGGGUUGGCGGGAUCCACUGGCGGCGCACCGCCUCCGAGCACGACGGUAAUGCUUCCAAUCGGUUCACCACCCGGUCGUGAUCUCAUUAGUAGCGGUCCUGGUGCCCUCUCGGCAUCGCCAUCGUCGGGCCUUACGAAACAACCGGGUCUAUCAUCGCCCCAUCAUCUACACCCGCUUCACAGCAACAAUAGCUUCGUCCUUCCGGGCCACUCUGGGACGCCCGUCGCACAGCCAUCACCUCCACCGACCACCAGCAAAGCGCACACCACCGCCAAAAGCCGCAGCCUCAGCACGGGUUCAUAUAUUACCAAGGACUCCAGUGCAAACUCGAGCGUCGAACGACUUACCAAGUCCACCAGCCAUACGGAGGUGCACGUGAGCCAUCCUACGACGUCCACCACCACCACCACCAACGAGCCAAACGCCGGUGGCAUCAUGCCCCAGAACAAAUCUCUCGAAGAGGGUCGUUCGAUGAUUCCCUCCGCGAAAGCGUCACCACCGGUGCGCAAACCGAUACUGCGCAAAUCGAAGAAAAUUGUACGCACAGACUCGGAGUUCCUGAAGGGCAACAUCUACGAGAAAGAAUCGAGCGUCUCGAGCUCCCAGUACACGCCGACACGCGAUCGCCGGCGGGAACAGUUUGCCGAGUACCGCAGCAGCAAUCCGUCGUCCGAGACGCACAAGUCCACCGACGAAAGCUCGAAGAAUAUCUCCACCGACGAGAUCGAUACCGUGUUCUCGGACACGAUGGACUUGGAGCAGAUGGAACAGGACUAUCGGAUGCACCUGCGAAACAAUCUGCAGCGGGAAUACAAGAGCGACAGUGACACGCUCGACGAGGUGGGGAAAAAGCGUGCACCGGACUAUAAUGCAUGGAAAAAUCAGAGCUACGAGAACACGUUCGAUAUGGUGUUCCCGGCAGGAUCUACGGAAGAUGCACCGGCCAAUGGCAAACCCCAAACCGGAGAACAUGGCACAGAACAACGGGUGAAGGGUAGCACCAGCAGUGCACCUCCGAUGAGUUCUUCUGCAUCGAAAGCCGAUCGUCCAACGGACCUCGAGUUGGGAUCCGCAUCCGAUGGGGCCGGAGGAGGAAAAUCGUCCGCGUCAUCCACUACCGGUGAUGGACCGUUCGGGCAUUUGUUCGAGAAGAAUAUUGGUCGGUUUAAGCGCAUGAACAAACUGCUCAAAUGCAAGCGCUUCAGUACGUCAGCGCUGUACGAGAAGAAACCUGGUCCACCCGGUCCCCCCGAGGGGAGCAAACCGACCUUUACCUCUCCGACCAAGAGCAUCCCGAACGCGACCCGUUCGCCGGUCAAAUCAAUCCACUCUCAGUCGAAGGCAUCGAUCAGCUCGUCAAAGUCGUCACUGUUCGGUAGUAAAAAGUCCUCGGGGUCUGGUUUUACCUUCAAGGGCAAGAAGUUCCUGUUCACCGGCAAAAGUUCCCCCAACAAGUCAAAAUCGAACAACGAGAUCAGCUACUAUCGGACUAAGUCGACCAAGAGCUCGAAGAAGGGCUCGCUGAAAAACAAUAGUACCGCCUGUCUGAACCUCGAAACGACCUGCACCUCACCGCUCUCAGAAGCAUUCUACAAUCCGACCGGUAGCGUGCGACUCAGUGCGAUGGAGCUGUAUGAAAAGUUCUGCUCGCAGGACUUUAGCGGCCUGUACAAGCACGAAACGGUACGCACGGACACGGACAGCCACGGGAGCGGUACCGACUCGAGCCAUAACGACUCCCAGCGUCAUCUGGGUGCGAUCCGGAAGUACCGGAGGCGUAACUUUAAGCUACUGCGGCAGAAGAGCGAACCCAAGUUUUCAUUCCGUACGGACACCCUGUACGAGGAUAGCUACGAUGGGGUGUGCUACCACGACGAGAAGGACGAGGAAGUCGAGUACGUUAACGAAGAGUACAAUCAAUUCCUGUACGAGGACGAGCAGUACUACGAGGAGGACAUCGAGCACUACAGCAUCGAAAAUAUCUACUAUCAGAGAAACGGGCUGAUGGCGCUGCCGGAUGGUACGUUCGUACAGCGGUAUCCGUACCGGAUGGAGGACGAAGAGGACGAGGAAGAGGAGGAAGAGGAGGGCGAAGAGGGAGAGGAAGAGGAAGACGAGGAGCUGGGCGAGGAAGAAGAGGAAGAGGGAGACUACCAGGGCGAGGAGGAGGAGGAAGCGGAAGAGGAGGAAAUCGAAGAGAACGAGUUCGACGAAGAGGACGAAGAUGAGCUGGAGGAGCAGGAGGCUGAGGCCGAGAGGAGAAGAUUGCAACGGCUUCAGUUGCCACCGCCGAUGGAGUUGGUGUCAUCGAUGGACUCGGACUGUGAUGAGAUCUACCUGAUGCCACAGAACGAGUCCGAAAGCAAGAAGAUGAUCAUUCAGGACUUCCUGUUCCACCACAGCAACAACGAGUUCGAUAACAGUGUCAGUGGGGAUGACUACGACAUCGCCGAAGUUGAUGAGGAGAUUGAGCAACAGCAAGAGGAACGGAAAGAGGAGCUGCUGGAUCGGAUCGGGGAAUCCGGGGAAGACUAUGAACAAGAGUUCCACCUGGAGCGGUAUGCUCUGCCGGACAAGGAGACGCUAACGAUCUAUAAGAUCUGCUCGAAGGAAAGCAUCCUGGAGUCUAUGAAAGGGUCGACCCCUGAGCGGGACGCUCUGCCGCACAGUGCCUCAAUGGAGCAGUACUUCCUGAAGUCGGACUGCGUGACGACCCUGGAACGGACGGCUUCGUUGGAUCUGCUAAGCAACUCUAGUGGGACGCUGAACAAGUCCACGCUGACGGACUAUGCCUUCGACACGGUGCGCAACAUGAACCUGGACAGUUGUAGUACAUCCCGCUUAAGUCUGUCGCUGAAGAGUGAAAUCUUCGAGGAAACGGCCAACGGUAGCUCGGGAGGUGGUGCUCCGGUGGUGGCUGAUUCCGCCACUGCAGGACCUCCGUUGGUAGCCGAAGCGAAUUCCGAUGGUCCUCGGAUUAAAAGUUGGAACAUCGAAGACUUCACACUAACGCCGGAGGAAUCCUUCUCCGACGAGCAACUUCCACUGGACGAACCAUCCGCUUCCGGCAACGGUGAUAUUGUGCGCAUUGCUGAGCUGCUUCAGGAACGAUGCGAAGAAACCCUGUUGAGCAACGAUGAGCUGGGGCAAGAUCAGCAAGGAGGUACCAACGCACAGUACACGAUUGUCGAUCUGGAUGAGGAACCGUACCUGCUCGAUCCGGCAAUAUCCGAGUUUACUUCGGAAAUAACCAAAGAGUUUGACUUACUGUUUUCGCGUGCGGAAACGGAGUCGCUCCAAGCAGCUGCCUCGUCGGCGGGUUCGGCGGCAGAUCAACCGCAGUCCAUAUCGCCACACGCUGCUCCAACGGAGGAUCCAACGCAACUCGGCAACGUCCUGAAGCUAUUGAGCGAUCUUCCGACACGCUACUCGAUGCAAAUGUUAGAGCACAUCAAUCUCGACGCCGAUGAUAUCUGCAUACCGACGAAAGAGGACGCAGGUGAGGGCAAUGGGCAAGUUCAUCCCCCUUCGUCGGUUCCAGCCCCACCACCAACAACAGGAGUCUCUUCGCAAGAUCGACAACCUUCCUCGAAUCCAUCCACAGCCCACCAGAAUCCGCCAGAAAGUGCCAAACCGCGGACACUAGAACCGAGCGGAAGCGGACGCUUCGUGAAGGUGAAACUGAAGGGAACGCGCUCGACUGGUGCCGCCAAAACCGCCUCCACCACCCCGACCGCGCUGACCGCUCCCUCGGUUAUAACGGACGUAGCCGAACCCGGCGCGAAAGGUCCGGCCAGCAGCAGUGAUUUGCUGAAGAAGGCACGCAGCCAGUCGUUAGGUAACUUGCGUAACAAAACCAAAUGUUUUCCAUUAUAG